CCAACGAGUUUUGGUUUUGUGUUUAUUGUUUUAGAAUAGUAAAAUACACCUGUGAUGUCCAAUUAUCGUACUACACGAAGGAUACGACGUAUCAAAUUGCACAUGUUGGUAAAAUGUUGAGCAGGAAAUUUGAGAAAGUGAGUUUUAUAGAAGAAUUGGGAAAGAUGUGACUUGCUGAAUUAUGACCUUUGACACAUCCUAGAAGCUGCAAAAAUGAUGGCAACCAAUCAAAUGGCUUCAUAAUUCUGGCCCAAUUUACCAAUUCAAAGGCAGAAAACACAGUAAUCACCAACGCACUUGGAAAUGGACAUGUUGAACUUUUAACAUGAGUGUCCAGGAAUUCUGCUACACAUCCACCUUCAUCUGUUUACAACUGUACAACAAACUGAAAGUUGUGCUGUUUUGAAGUUUUGAACUGUCUAAAAAAGGUGAUGAAGAGCUUCUUCGAUGAGAAUAAAUUAAUUUCCAGUGAAUUGGAUUUGAAUGGAACUGAACAAUCUCUUGGAAAUUUGUUGUUUAGGAAUAAUCACAUCAGUUGCAUUUGGCUGAGCUCGUGUCAUUUAAACUGGAGUGUGUGACUAGUGUGUCAAGCUUGAAUAGUCAGCGAGCUUCAGGGCAAGUUCAGAUUCAGAAAGAUAGAGAGAAAUUAUUGCAGCCAUCGAUCUUUAGCUUCCUGGGGGUGAACUUCAGUUUUGUCACUGGAUCUUUUUUGAAAGAGUCUUUGUUGUUACUAAACAAGAAGAUUGCUGUGGAAACACUGUGACGAAAAGGAAACAUGUCUAAAGUUUGGACCCGAUAGGUCAUGAGAUCAUGGAUGUAUAACCCAGCAGUUGGUAAAACAAACUAUGAGAACGAGAUUUGAAAUGUGGAUCGGAUAGCUGUGGUGUAUUCUUUACAAUGACAAGAGGGCAAGAAGUGAUGUAUACAUUAGGUAAAACUCAAGUGCAGAAAUCGGGUUAAUGUCACCCAGAGUGUUAUACCAAAUCAGAACAAAUGUAGUCACCCAGCGCCACUCAACCAAUCAGGAACUACCCACGUUGAUCAUGAUAAGUACAAGUUGAUUUUUAUUUCCACCACAACCCUACGCUAAUCGCUAUCAUCAUCAAAGAGCUACUGUUUUUCUUUUUCAUGGUGUUGUUUUGGGUAAAUACAGACUUUGCUUGUUUGCAUAACUGAUAGCAAAUACAAACAUCCAUUGGGCCUAUGGUGGGGCCAUGGGGUCUAUCAUGAAGCGCUUAGUAAAUAAUUACACCAUGACAAGUUGUCAAUACUGGCAUGCAGUAACAUACACCAGCUGCACGAUUCAAUCUAGUGACUGCCAAAUGCACAACAGCAACAUCAUGUUCUGACAAACAGUACCAACGACACAAGUUCCAAAAUGGAUAGCUCAGGAGUUCCUCACGAUAAGUCCCACCCUUUAAGGAGCCAUGUUCCAACAUGGAGGGCAGGAGCCAAAUCAGCAGGUACAUCUGAUGCAACAAAUGAAAGAAAAGGAAAAGCAUCAGGGAUUCGCCCACCACAAGUUCGGACUAACCCACGGGUGACGCGUCAAGGAUUGCGGAGUAAAAAUGACAGUGAAAGUUCUGGGGAUUCUCAACUGGUCACAAGUCCAACAGAUCUUGACAUUAGCGGUAUCGACUUGAACCUCUCUCCGCUGUCUCCUUCUUCCUCCUUGACGAGACGAGGAGCCUUCAGAUACGGCAGAGGAAUCAAACCACUUCAUGUUCAUAACUUGGGAUCAGGAGCAGCUACCCUUCCAAGAAUGCGACCCAAGGGAUCUGGCACAGCAAGACAGAAUCUGGAUAUUUUCACUAAACCUGAAAUUGAAUCCUCAGCUCCAGAAACAUCCAAGGAGCAAAUACUUAAAGAUCCUGUCAGUACGUCCUCUAGAAGGACGUCACAAAGAUCCAAAUCAGUUUAUGGUUUAGGGAGAACAUAUGAUGCUAAGCAAGUAAUUCAAGAGAGAAAUGAUGCAUCAAAGAAAAGUGAAAAAGCUCAAGAUCCUUUACCUACAGGUGACAAAACGUCCAAAGGUACUAAUAAAGUAAGGACUAAUAUCUCAAAAGGACCGGAGUCCUCAAAGGUUCAAAAGAAAUCUCCGGAGGGCUUAAAGGGACAUGUGGAUAUGAACUCCAACAGUUCCAACAACAAAGGAUCUAGUCACCCAAAAACUGUUUCAAGACAAGUAGAUACUGGAGCUCCUAAUUUCAAGACGUCGGUUUCCCCUCCAAAAGAUCAUGCGUCUCGACCUGCUGCAAAGGUGGACUGCUUAACAGAGCAUAAGGUCACUAAACACAGUAACACUAACUCGUGUAGUCGAGAUGAUAAAGGAAAAAUUACAUCCAAAAGUGUUCCACUCCACAGGCGAAAUCGAUCCGUAGACGAAGCAGAACAAUCAAAUGUAGAAGCAGAACAGUCAAAUGUAGAAAUGACACCAAAGGUUCCACCAAGACGACAACAUGCUCUUCCUAAACCAACAAACUCGUCUCCAUCAAGUAGUCUGACAAAGUUUUUAAAACCUUCACGAGAAAGUUCAAGAAGUAGAGAGCGAUUGAACGUUCAGGAUACUCCUAAGCCCCCUCCAAGACGUCCAAAACAACAGCCCUUAACACGCCGAUCAGAAAGUCCCAAAGCGAUACCUACACUUAAAUCAAAAACACAUUCAGGCAUUGGCCAAGACAGGAGUAAAUCAGGAUCACCAUCUCAAAUCUCACCCAAACCUUUACCAGCGAUGGUAAAGGUUCAUCUCAGCAGCAAAGGCUCUUCAAGUUACCCUCUUGGCAGUACAGUAUCGUCAAUGAGGGAUACAUCAAUGAGGUCUCAUUCUGUCAGUAAUAUUCCAGUCCCCGCCUCAUCUAAAAAAUCAAGCAUCCCAAGACCACAUCGACAAGUGAAACUGCGGCAAAAGGGAUCCAAGUCAGAAACACACAAUCCUGUCUUUAGACUGAGUCUAGAUGGAGGCGAUAGCGGAACCGAGAAUUCCUCGUCCUUAGCAACCACGCCGUCAGAAUGCUCAAUAGACGUUGAUUUCUCAUUUGACGAGGCUUCUCCAGUCUGUCGACUGACGCCGGCAAAAUUCUACUCCAUUUCAGGAAUGGAGGACCAUAUUGUGUCUUCAUCUGAGAACUCUGAGAAGGAUUUGUUCCAAGACACUCUAGAGACCGAACCAGAGGUCAUUAAAGUCACAAACCAUCCUCAAACAUGGAGUAUGAAAGACAAAACAUCUCCUCAAAAGCCAGUGACUGUCAAAGAUACAGAAGAUGAUGAACCCACGACGCCCAAAAACAAAACAUUCACCUCUACCUCAGAAUUUAAAUCACCGAAAAGUGUGACUUUGUCCUCAGAAAGUUACUUAUCCGAAUUAGUUUACAGCCCUAAGGCAGAGCAAUUUCAUCAUCUUAAACCAGUUGGUCAAACUUUUUCAGAUGGCAACUUGAAUUUAGUUAACAGUGCCACAGCAGCUGACAGCAUAAAAUCUGGGAAUAUCACAAAUCCAGAAAAUGUUGCCAAGUCAAUUGACGACACAAUAAAUCAUGCCAAGUUUCAUGAAGUUUCCUCCAAAACAUCCCAAGACAUUACCAGAAGUAUUAAAGCUAUAAAGAGAGACUUGUUAGCAUCUUCCAGAUCUUAUGAACAAAAUGGAAACCAAUCCACUUGGAAAAAAUCACCCCAACAUCCGACAGACUCUUCAAAAUCCACUGGUUUCAUCCAGAGUAAGAUUGGUCAUGAGAUUGCCAUCCGGGUGGCAAGAGGAGACUUAAAGGCAAGCUCAGUUGACGGAGAAGGAGAAGCAAUUCAUUCCAGUAUUAAGGAGGACCCUAGAUGCAUCACUGCACCUCAUAAAGUGUCUUCCAGUAAACCACGAGAUGGGACAGAGUAUGGGACAAAAUCUGCAGUAACAGUCAAAACCUCAGGUGUUGAGGCUAGUGCGGACUUCAACCAGAAGAGCUCAAAGCCAAGGAGAAGAAUUUCUAGCAUCAAAUCACCGCAUGACGUUCAGAGCAACAGCAAGGAUCAUCUAAGGGAUCAAAGAAAUGCAGAAAGUGGCUUAAGUGCUCUGGAGAAAAUGAUGGAUGCUGGGGAAGGUACUCUGAAACCAAAUCACAAGAAGAACUCGUUCCACCCUUACACCAAAGAGAACUCUGGAACUGAAGGGAAAUAUCUGCGUUCCUGCUCCGACCCAAUGAAAUUGCUUGAAUUCCUCAUGAAUAUUGAUGAGCCACCAAAGGUCGGAGGUUACGAUGGUGACAUGAAAGGAACCACAGUGGUGAAGAGGAGAAGAGCUAUCUCGGAUAUACUUGGUCCAGGUCAGAGAGUUGUCCACAAAGACGGAGGAUUAAACCGAUGGAGUAUGCCCGCCAUGCUCGAACAAUGGUCGCAUAACUUUCGGUCACACCUUACCAACAAUGGACGUUCCCGUCAGAAGAGUCGUUCAAAUGAAAUCAAUGCAGUACCUGUUAAAACUGUUGCUCCUGUCUUCUCUGAUAAAAGUCUAUCCAGCACAUCUGGGACGUCAAAUGUGAAACCAGCAAUGAAAUUACCACAAAGAAAGUUGUAUGGAGUAAGUGGUGAUGGAAGUAGGAGAUUUUUGUCUUCACUGAAAAGAACAAAAGACGUCUUGCAAGAUGAUUCUCAAUGUAAUAAACCCAAAAUGAGACAUCGCUGGAGUGUACCUGUUGCUCCUUACAGUAUUCUUCAAUCUAUAAUUGAUACUGAAGGAACGCAGACCAAGGAAGAAAAGCUGCCGUCUUCUGAAGAUCAGGAAACAGAUGAAGGAGGACAGCUCCUCAAGAGAAAAAGCAGAUGGAGAUGGAGUCUUCCACUCUUAAGAUCAUCUCGAUCUUCAACUGAUCUCAAAGACCUCAAACUCCAGUCUAAGGAUGAUUAUAAAGUCUCUUCAAGAAGCCUGAAAACCUCACCUUCAGCCCCUGAUUUGAAAAUUGAACCAGAUUCACCAGAACACCUUGAUACAAAAAAACAAGCUCUGUCCUUUUCUGACAUCACAGAUAACAAUCUGUCUUCCCCAAAUACUGUCAAGGUGUUUGUUGACAGUACCUUCGCGGAACAGCAGAACAAUGACUUUCAUUGUUCUAGUUUGACCAAAGUUACCUCUACGUCAUCACCACACCUGAAUACCAGUAACUUUCUGAGCAUAUCAUCUGACGACGACCCGUCACCAGCUUCUUUGAAAGUCAACACCUCCACCGAUGCCUCUGGAUUGUCAGCCAUUCUAAGAGAUCCGGGUUCUAGAUACUCAGGGAAGAAGAAUUCCAAGAAACGGUUGUCAUGGAAACGAGAGAAGAGUCUAGAGAAUGUUUGCUACUUGGAGAGUUUUGAGAUGACAGAGUUUGAAGAUGAAGGCAUCUUAGCUGAAGAGGAAAGUGACUUGAGCUUACCACUGAGUCCCCACACACCACCAGGUAUUAUUCUCCCACAUCAACCCAAGAAUCAAACCAACAACAAUGAGGAUGGUGUCGAAGGAUCUAACAGUCUGACAAAGCCCAAGGAGAAUUCCACAAGAAUUAAGACAGCUCCUGUCUCAACCUUCUCCCCAUGGGUUCUACCUUCAGAUGAGCUCAAAUCCAAGCUAGAGAGUGUCUACGCCGAGCGCCAACAGACAGAACAUGAAAAUGAGAAUGAUAUCUGGAAGUUAAAUCCAAAUCCUCAGUCUACUCAGUCUUAUUCUUCAAGUCUUGAUUCCGAUCAGGGAGUGUUGCCAAGAGGUACUGUUUACCAACCUUCUGACAGCACAAUGAGAGAGUCAGCUAUGACAACUGGAAUCGGGAAGAGAUUUUCCUUAAAGCAACAGCUGAGUACUGAUAGUGAUCCAGACUUGAGUAGACAGUACAGCGACUCUACGUGUUUGCAAAGUAGAGACAACAUCAAUGAGAUUCACUCAGGGAGUCGAAGUCCAGGUUAUCUGAGCGAUGGAACACCGAUCAACAACAACGUCUCCAGUCGACCCAAGCUUUCCCGACCUCGGUCCGCCUCUGGAUCAGGCACAGAGAGCCUGAAGGAUACUAGAAGGAAACUUGAUGAUGUGAGUCAUAAGACAAAGUUGAGGAUUGAACGAGAUAGAGAGGGCAAGACAUCCUCCAGACCCUCAAGUACUGAGAUUAGUGACCCCUCCGAAUUAAUUAUCCCUCAGAGGAAACUCAGACCAGGGCUUGCUCAACUAUUUGGGAACUUGGAAAAUGGAGUGCCAGAUGAGCCAACACUUGAUGGCGGGGACGUUAAACUGUCGGAAAAGGAUGACAAGAACUCUGAAGUUGUUCUGGGGCAAUCGUUGCUGGCCUUCCGACGGAGAAAGAAAAGCAUGGCGAUCGCCUUGAGCGAAGGUCGUUUAGAUCUUCUGUCAUCAGAGUCACCCAUUUCUCCAUCUCCUAAAUCCUCCGAGCUGAACUUGGUAUCUCAAAUUGGACAGUUGAACCAAGAGCUAAAGCAGCUUACACAAACUCCUCCAGGCACCCCGCCGACACCUUGCUACAUCCCAAGAGGAGGACUACAAAGGUCCGGAAGUAGAGGCAGUCUCGUAUCACUCCCUGGUUCAAACAAGAGCCCCAGACCAAGUUUUCCUACUCUAAGCUUAUGGAAAUCAGUCUCUCAAUUCCAAACAACUUUUGAUGACUAUCCAAAAAGUGAAACACCCAAGAAAGACAAGAGUGAUGGUGAAAUAAAGAGAGUCACACCACUGAAAAGUUUACCUAAAGACGAAGAAGAAGCGAAAGAGGGUAAAAUUGUCUCUCCAAAGGUCCUCCUGUCGAGAAUAAAACAUUGGAGUAAGAAGAAGGGGCAAACUAAACCAAAACCUAGACCUGAAAUCAUUAAAAUAGACCCUGUAAGAAUGCCUUCAUAUGGGAGUACUACUGAUGACGAAGAUGAAUGUCUUACACCGACCACACCCGUACCUCUUCUAGACACUACCAACAUCCCUUACCACUCACCAGAACUACCUCACCUCAUAACCCUCCGAUCUGUUCCCUUAAGCAGAGACACAACCUUAAGGAAAACCUGGCAUGGCAUGCCCUUCAAGAACUCUGAGGAAGGAGCGUUAGGGGAGAAUCAUGAAGGAGUGACUAAAUUCCAACGUUGCAAUUCCUUGAGAGCUCCGAUAAGACAGAGGAAGAAGGGUUUAUCACCGAUGGAGAAUGCUCAUCUUGUAGCUAUGCAGCUGAGUGCAGAGACGAUACCAGGGAGCAGUGUAGACAGUGGGAUUGUUAAAGACAGAGCUGCAGAGGAAGCUUCUUUGGCUGGUGACAGCGAUACUGGUAGUCAUCUUUGCAGUCCAUGUUCUUCUCUCGGUAGUAGUAACCCUCCUUCAAGACCUUUAUCAUCAGAUAUUGGUGAUCUACAAUGGGAAAAGGCAUUAGGUGAUCAUCAAGGAGGUUUUAAUGAUGGGUUUCUAGAUGAGAGGAAGUUAUCUGCUGUUACUAUCGGCAGGAGAGAGUCAGCGACUGGGGUGAGUCGAGUAAGAGGGCCGAUGUCAACACGUCUCAGUCUCGGAUCACAAUCAGCCUAUGAGACUUCAGAUUCUAUCCUCUCCCCUAAGAAAGUCACUUUCUCCUUAGCGGAAGACAUUACUAAGAAGGCCAUGGAGGCCGACUUGAAGAGGUUGCCCAAACCAAAUCAUCUACCGAGACGUUCUAAGACUGAUAUGGGAGAUAUUAAGGCAAUUACUAACGCUAUCAAAGAGUUUGAAGAGGAAGCAUCUUCAGAUGCGUCUUGUCAGACAAAACCAGCAUUCAGACGCAGGGCUCUCUCUGACCUCUCUAGCAUCAUCGAGAAAGAGAAGACUAAAGAUGAGAAUCCUAAGCAGCCAUCCAUCGUGAUCACCCCUGACACAUCUAAGACUACUAAUAUGAUGAGAACAAGGAGUAUACCGGAUCAUAUGUCAAGGAUGGAAGGGCCGGGACACCAACCUCCUCCAAGAAAAAACUCACUAGCAGAUUUGAUUGGAUCUGAGGUUGGUGAAGUCCUGACUUCCUUUGGCAGCCAGUACAACUUUGAGGCCUACAGUCCAGACACGAUGCCAACCUUUGCCGAGGCUCUAUGGGACCAUGUUACUAUGGAUGAAUCUGAGUUAGCUUUCAAUUCCGGUGAUGUUAUCGAAGUGACUGACAUGAGAGAUAAGAACUGGUGGUGGGGUUGCAGAGGAGAAGUGGAAGGAUGGGUACCCGCCCAGUUUGUUAGGUUACGAGUAAGUCAAGGAGAGACAGUAGAAGAGUGCGUGGAGAGAUUGAAAGAAGAACGUGAACAAUCCAAGAGGAUUCCAUUGUCUAAGAAGAAUAGAAAGGUCAGCCUGAGCUUCCUUAGCAACGACCAGGUCAGGGCAAAAGUCGUGGAGGAGAUUAUCACCACAGAGAGAGAUUAUGUUCACCACCUUAAAGAUGUCUGUGAGGGUUACAUCGGCCAAGCAUCGGACAGACCAGAGAUGUUCUCAGAUAAAGUGAUGAAUAGUCUGUUUGGAAACAUUGAGGAGAUCUACAGCUUCCAGAAAGGAUUCUUACUUCAGUUAGAAGCUUCUAUUAAUCAGGAUCGAGCAGAUCUUAGCAGGAUAGGAGGCUGCUUCUUAGAUCAUAAAAACGGGUUUGAAACGUAUUCUGAAUACUGCAACAACUAUCCAAGAGCGCUUCGAGAACUCAAGCUGCUGAAAGAAAAACAGAAAUACAGACAAUUCUUUGAGGCUUGCCGGCUCCUACAAAACAUGAUAGAAAUCAGCUUGGAUGGCUUCCUCUUAACCCCAGUCCAAAAGAUCUGCAAAUAUCCUCUCCAGCUACGAGAGCUUCUUAAGUACACACGCCCUCAACAUGCUGACUAUCUGGAGCUUCAAGAUGCGUUAGAAGUCAUGAAGGAUGUGGCCGUCUCGAUCAAUGAUAGGAAGAGACGAAUUGAGAACAUUGAGAAGAUUGCUGCAUGGCAGAAGAUGAUUGGAGACUGGGAAGGUGAAGACAUUCUAGAGAAGAGUACACAGUUGAUUCAUUCUGGUGACAUCAUCGUUCUGGCAGGCAAACGAACUACUGGCAGGCGCUUGUUUCUCUUUGAUCAUCAGCUAGUUGUUUGUAAAAAGGAUUGGAAAGGAGCUCUGUUGUACAAGCGGAAGAUCAAUCUUGAUAUGAGUAACGUUUCUGACAAGUCUGAUGGGAAAGACUCCCAUUGGAAUGUAACAGUGAAGCACGCCUUCACAAUCCACAACACUGAGACAAACAAGUUACACACCUUAUCUUGCAAAGGAGAAGAUGAAAAGCAACUCUGGCUCAAGAUGUUUAACAAGGAACGAGAGAUGGUCCUUGAAGAUCAACAAAGAGGAUUCAGUAUACCUAGCUCUACACGUGAAGCUGCAAUGAAGAAUGUUGGUGAACAGCAACCUGGUAAACCACAAGAUGCUUCAGUCGUGACUCGUAAAGUUUCCACCAUGCCGUAUGCCUACCAACACAAGAUUCUGAAGACGCCAAAUAAGAGCAUCGACCUCCCCAGAGGAAUAUCAUCAUCAGAUGUCUUCAAGAAAAAGGGAAAAGGUUUAUUCGGCAUCGGUAAGAAGUGAGGUCUGGAGCAAUCCCAAGAGGGCGCUGUUUGCAUGCUCUUUCAAGACGAGGGGAAGACUGGUGUAGAGUGAGCUAAGAAAAGUACUGCAAGACGGUGCUGUGUUGGUGAGGAAGUGCAAAGCAAGUUGGCAGUGUAUGGGACGUCCCCCAAGUUCAGAGAAUUCAAGAUCUUCUGUGAUACGUCUUUGUGGUGCAUCUUUAGGGGUGUCAAGGGGUGCUGAGAUUAUUCUCUUUGGUGUUUCAACAAGAACUAGGGUGGAUGGUAUUUGUUGUUGGUUGUUCCAUCUGCUUCAUUGUCCCUUGGACUUGGGUUGUUUGUGAUGCUGUGUCCAUUAACUAAAACAACUUGGACAUUAUUAGCCUUUUUGAGAUAUGGUGGCCGGGUGCACUGUAUGGUUUGGAUGUAUACAGACAAUUAUCCCAAACCUGAUAGUGUCAAACUAGUAUUUUGUCCACCAUGUCUCAAGGUCGCUGUGGCUGUAAGGAUUAUCAGUGAGCUAGCCAUAGCCAUUACUGAAAACACUAGCUCACACAAACAACAACUUUCCCAAAAGAUUUAAUGGUACUAGUUAUUGUGGGUUUCUCUUACUCUUAAUUUGUUCUCAGUUGAAAACUUGCCCAAGUUUGUCCCUAAAAGUUUGAAUGUCUUCAAUAUGCAUUCAUGUGAUUAAUGAAAAUAAAAGAAGUCUUGCAGUUCAAUUGUACAACAAUUUGUGGCUUUGUAUAUUGUCACAGAUCAUGGAGCAAUGCUCCAUGCACAGAUCUAAUUAAAUUCUGAAAAAAACCUCAUUGUAUAUUGUUUUAUGUAUAUUUAUGUAUUGAGAAUGAACUUUUCAUUUUAUUUUGUAUAAAAUUUACAUGAAAGUCUAAGAUGGUUACUUAAUUAUGAAGUGGAAGAAGGUCCAGGUUUCGAUUCCCCAAAUAUCAUAUACUUAAAAAAAGUAAGACUCCACUUCAAAAUCGUUUUAUUGUAUAUAACGUGGCUGUGCUAUGUACAAAACAUGACAGGAUUUGUAAUUUAUGGAAUUUCUAAGUAUUUAUCCUUUUUUUUCCAGAUCAGCAAACGAGAUCAGCUGGCUGGUCAGAUUUAUUCUUUUUAUGAAAUUUUUGUGAAUAGUUUUUUUUAUUUCAAACGUGUCUUUUAGGCGUUUUAUAUUCUCUUAUUUGAUUUAUGAAUGUAAAGUAAUCUCACUCGAGGGGGGCUUCCAGCUCAUGGACUCCCUGUGCCCCCUUGAAAACAACCGGGUUGUGUCCCUAAAUGACAGAAUAGUGGCAUGUAUUUUAUACAUUUUUUGAAGAUGCCAAGUUUUUUUAAGUAGAUUACUUGAAGGUGAUGGUUACAACUUAAUGGUCACAACGUUGUUUUAACUUCUCUACUUUGUUGGCUCAAAAUAGUCACAAGAAAAAGUUCGGUGGAUAUGUUGACUUUGCACAGUUGACUUUAUAUUCAUCAUUAUAGCUUUUAGCAGGCUCAGAAGGAAAACAGUUAUCUCUUAAAUGCUUAUUUAUAAAUAUUUAAAUAUAUUUUAAGACAUUUAAAUAUAUUUCAAGUAAAUUAAAGUGUUUUUAUAAUGACCAAUUAACUCCAAGACGACCCACCAUUAUAAAAAUCAAAACUAUAAAAUGAUGAUUGUUCUGGAAUCUUUGCACUACUGUAGCAUAUUAAUUUACUCAUCUUAACGCCACUUAAAAUAACUCACACUAAUUUUGAUAUGAUUUUUUUAUUCUUCUGUAUAAAAUUUGCAAAAUCAAUCAGUAAAAGAUAUUGAGAAUUUGGAGGCCACCAACACAUGUUAAUCCGGAGGAAGCUCCCUGUCUUUGUUCAACCAAAAGUUAUUUAGAAAAGCCGCGUAAUAAACACAGCCCAUAAUGUUGUCACAAUAAAACGACCGAAAGAAUUGGUUCAGGUUUUGUUACUGUUAAGUUUAUUAUUAUUACCUCAUAGUUAUUUUGCUUGUACAUAUCUGCCUUAUAUAACAGAAUGCUUUGUGUAUGAUUGUGAAUAAUAAACAAUAUUAUAAAAAUGGGUGCUCUAUUAUGUGUUUAUCUGACUGUAAAUAAACCACAUCAUCUGUACUUCAUAA